AUCCCAAAAUGCAAUGGGAAGCAAAAUGGCUUCCAUGAGGUGAAAUUUUUCCUCUCGUCUUUUGUUAGAUUUUUCCAGGUAAUUUUAGCGGUUAUUAUAAGCCGAGGUACAGGAAUGGGGAAGAGGAAAGAGCGCCAGGCGCCCUCUGUUGGAGGGAGGAGGAGGCCGAUGCUACAAAUCGAGACGACGAUACGAAAAGACAACGUGAAUGUGGUGCCAAAAGCAAAUGCCUUGAGUGGCCUGAUUGGUCACUAUGGGGACAGUGAUGAGGAGGAAGAGGAGAAAGACACCAGGGAAACUCAGCCAAAGCCACAACCAAUCAGUGCUCCUCCUCCAGUGACAACUCAGCCGAAAAAGCUCCCCCUGGCAGCUGGCAAAAAAGUGAAGGGCAGUGAUGACAUAGAUUCCAAAGUAGCUGAUUUCCUAGCAGAAAUUGAUGCCCUAGAUGUGCCUGAAGCUGAUGAUGCUGAAGUUGAUUCUGGAAAAGUGGGUGAAACAAAAGAAAACCAAGCUACAGCAGCAGCUAAUGCCGAGGCUACAACAACAGAACCAGUGGCAGUGGCUCCCUCUGUAGACCCAGAAUUGGCUAGAGAAGCCCAGGAAUGGCAGGAGUGUUUAGACGAGGGUACAGGGUGUGUGUACUACUGGCACACUGUCACCAACGAAGUCCAGUGGGAGAUCCCAGCCAUCGUCAAGAAGUACUACGAUGCCGCUACCCAGGCUGCACUGGCCACUGGGCAAGAAGGCGUCACGACAGAAAAUGGUACCAGUGCUGUAUCAGAAGAGGGCGCUGCCCCAGAGCCAGACACACCAGCUGCUGAAGAAACUCAGGCUAAACAAGCAGCAAAGAUUCCAGCAAUUCCAGAAGAAGAAUUUCCAUUGGCCAAAGACGAGGAACCCCAACCCCCAGCACCACAGGUGUCUCUACAAGAUGGCGGCACCGCCUCGGUAACCGGCGCCGACUCGGGCAGUCCGGACCCUGCGGAGGACGGCCUGUCCUUCAUCGGUCCUGUACUCCCCUCCCACCUCCAACAUCUCGCUGCCAAACCUACAGACGAAGAUGUGGACGGGGUAGAGCUACAGCAGGAGGAAGACAGCAUGGACACAGCAUCCCCCUUCCAACCAGCUGCAGAACCCGAUGGGACAGCGACGCCCCCUACUGAAGAUGUUGAUCCUAACACCCUGCCUCUGGGUACAAGGAGAGUCCCAGCAUUUAACAACACUCUAACAACAGCAGCGGUACCUACAACUUCUACAACAGAACCAGCUCAAACAGAAGACAUGGAGGAGGAGGAGGAAGAGGAUGAAGAAGAAUUUGACAUUGACAAGCAGCUUGACCUUGCACUUGAGAGGAAAAAGGAUGUUGUGUCCACCUCACAGGCAGAGUUACAGCAGGAUGAUGGGGACCAGGGGGAGGGGGGCUACUCACCGGCCUUGUUACUGGCAGCCGCGAAACAGAAGUCCAGUCGGCCGACAACUCCCACGGUCACAAGGGACGCAUCAACACAGUGUGAGGAAACAGGCGGAGAGGAGGAUGGUGACUUACUUGACAUGGCCUCAAGGAAAAAGGCUAAAGAAGAAAAAGAAUUAAAGACAGAGAUAUCUGAGCUGGCUUCCACCAUCGGUGCCAAGUUAGAGUUCCUGAACAUCGCCAGGAAGCAGCUCAGUAAAUUUCAAGUGCUGCUUAUAGAAAUGGAGACCAGAAUCCUGGACUGGCGUGAGGGCGGUCUGGAGUCCAGGCAUCUCCUCCGCAAGCUCAAGGAAGCCGACUGGCAGUUUCAGAAUUACGAACUCCACGCGGCCCCACGGGGAUGGACUUGCCACUGGGACAGGGCACACAGGAGGUAUUACUACAUGAACACGGCCACAGGAGAGUCACAGUGGGAGUACCCAGAGGGAGACGUCAGAGGGGCCGGCCAGGAGGCUGUUACCAUGCCGACCAUCACCACGGCAACAGGACAAGGGAGCAGCGGCCGCGGAGAAGUGACGUCGGCAAAGGCGUCCGUUUCAAGUGGUGCAGCUUUGACAGAAUCAUCGAGUGGAGGUUCAGAUUAUGCGCACCUCUACGCAUUAGGUCAGCCACAGGUCACCAGUAUCAGUGUUGCGUCUGCCUCAGUGUCAACUGUCCCCCCUGCCCCUGCCCCCCUCCCCACAGAAUCCUUCACCCCUCUCCCAGGUGCCCCUCCUCUCCCCCCUGAACCACCCCUACCCCCUCUCCCUGAUGAACCCCCACCCCCUGGGGAUGAGCCUCCCCUCCCCCCUGGUACUCAGCCGGCACCCCCUCCCCCUCCACCAGACAGCCCCCCUCCCCCUCCUCCCCCAGACUCCCCAGAGGAAGGGGAGAUCAGUGAUGUUGAGAUGGAGGAUACCAAACCUGAGGAAGACACGGGGGAGACCAAACAGGACGACCAGCCAAAACCAUCUUCCCAACCGGUCAUCCUAGCCCAGCCGCCCAUCCGCUACCAGAGCACGCACUCUGUCAGCAGCACUGUGGUUGGUCCACCCAGUGCCCCAGCAGUUAUGUACGGACCAAUGACCACGGCUGUAGCUGGUCCUGUCAUGGGGGGAGGCCCCAUGCCGUAUGUAAGCCAGCCUGUGAUUGGUGCUCCUGUAGCACCUGCAGUCAGCAGUGUAGCUGCAUCAGCUCCACCUGCCAAGUCAGCAUCACCUGGACCAUCUAAGGUGAAGAAGCUGAAAAAGAUCAAGCGCCCAGCCGUAGCCGGAGGUCUGAAGAAUAAGAAGAUUCCCCACCUGGUGCAGAAGUGGCAGAAGAUCAAACAGGAGGUGGAGCAGGAGCAGAAGGAGAUGGAGGAGGACUCUGAGGAGGAAGACGAGAAGGUCCGCACACAGAAACGCAUCGACGAGUGGAAGAAACAACAGCUGGAGAGUGGAGGAGCCGCGUACAAUCCCAACUUCGAGGCGGUGACGGUGGACUGGCGGGAGCGGGUAAAACGGCGGCGGAUGAAUGAGGCUGGGAGCGGGAGUAACUCUCCCGUGGGAUUCCUGAAGCCCGACUCAUAACACUGUCCAACUGACUUCUCUGAAUUUUUUGUAAACAUCAGUAAGCAUGUUGGCAGAAUGUACUGCACCUGCGCAAAACCCAUCAUAUUUUGUGCAUAGCACUUUGGCAGAGUCUCAUUUAGGGUCGUAUGUAAGGAUGACAUCCCGUCUAUAAUUUUCAUUUGUUAUGUCGGAAAAGAUGUCUGCAGUGGACGAAAUUCUGAUGAAAUGUUGACCAAUAAUGAAACGAAAACCCUGAAAAAUCCAGGUUUCGCAGAGGGAAAGCAUGUUCUGCUGACGUGCUGACAUCACACUGUCCAACUGACUUCUUGCAACAUUUGUACACUUUUUGUAAACCCCUAGUUAGCACGUCGGCAGGACGUACUAUGCCUGUGCAAAACCUGUACUAUAUCCUGCAGAGCACUUUGGCAGAAUGUCUCAUUUAAGGUCGUAUUCGCGUAUUUAAGAAUGAGAUCCUGUCCGUAGUUUUCAAAUGUUAUGUCGAAAAAGAUAUUGUCUGCAAUGGGCCAAAUUCUGAUGCAGCAUUGACCAAGCCUCCAAGGAAAACUAUGAAAAAUCCAUGUUUCGCACAGGCGAAGUAUUUUCUGCCAACGUGCUACACCAGUAUGUAGUGUUGGUACAAGACUUGUCUGUGGCUUUUGGAGGAGCAAAACUCAUUUUUGGUGAGUUUUUCAACAAUGAAUAUUAUUAUACAUUGAUACCUUAAACAGUGUCUUCACAUCAAUGACUUUGAAAUUACAAAAAUCAAUUUGUUAUACAAAUCGGUUAAUCAAGGGCAUCAAUUAUAUUCGUAAAUGCUUAGUGUUACAGACAAGAAAAUCAAUUCAAAAAGAUGCAAUUCUGUACUUAGUAUGUACUACAGUAGUUAUUUGCCACAUUAUGUGUACUCAGCAUCAGUAUCUUGCAGAUAUUUUCUCAAAAUUACUUAUUAAAUCUGCAAGGACAAGUGAUGUUCAUAUAUAGAAGAAUUUAUGAUAUAAGUUAUAAGUUUAUUGUAAUGGUGGUGGUUGUGUACAUCAGAACAUGUAGUUGUUAAAGUGCAGAAUCAUAGUCCGGAUUAUUACAAAUUGAGUCUUCUCCGUGAAAAAUAUUAUGGCUGACUUCAUUUUACAACAUUGUGGGCAGGUUUGCUGCAGUUACUAGUAUCUUGGUGGACACAAAGGACAACAUAACUUGGCCAAGAUGCAAACAUCUAAAUGAUGGAAACUCAGUUCUCAGCAGUUGCUCAUAUUUGAUCCAAGUAAAAUGCCAUCUUAUUUUUAAAGAAGCCAACCCCAUAACAUUAGAAAGCUGGCAAUAGAUGUACAUGUACAUGUACUGUAGCAUUAGGUAAUGGCUAUUCCAUUUAGAAUGUUCAUGGGGACGUAAGAUUUUGUUUUCCCCCCAUGCACUUUUUAAAUGGGAUGGCCAUAAUAUAUGGUGAAGUUCUGUAUGCCACCUGCCUUAUUGGUCACUGCUAUGUAGUGAUGUCUUUGUACAUGCCACAUGUAAGUCUUACAAAAAAUAAAUACUAUGAGCUGA